UGUUGCUCGAUUAUUGGAUCUAAUUUAGUCUGUGUCCGUGAUGCUUCGAAAGCUGCUGCUCGCGUGUCUGCUCGCCAACGUCGUCCUCGGCUUUGUCGACGAUGGGCAGUUAUCGUUCCGUAACAAAACCUACAUAAUUGGCAGCAAGAAAUUCUCUUGGUACAAAGCUUUCACUUACUGUGCAGAAAAAGGGAUGCACUUGCUCAAUCUCGAGUCGAUAAACAGCAACAAGUGGCUCACGAAUUACCUUGACGUGAAAAUCCACCUUGGUGACAUGCGGGAUGACUUGGUACCGCCGUACUGGGUUUCGGCUUUUUGCGAGCAAAAGUCUGGAAGAAUCAGGUGGGUGACACCUGAGGUGCAGCCAAGCGGCCAGGAACCUAUCGCGUGCACUGCCCUGGGUAAGGAUGAACAAAGUUGCAUUCUCAUCUACAACAACCACGCCGAGCACACGAUGGACAAGUUUGACGUCUCGCCCUGCUACAACUUGUCAAGUUUCAUUUGUGAAAAUUAAUUUUUACAAAAAGUCACAUAAUGAGAGUGACCCUAAUGCUAAUAAUAAAUGUAAUGAAAUAUACCCUUGUUGCCUGAAAUUUUACAAUAUAAUAUAGUACAUUAAUUGUUACCAGAAAUAAUUAUCCAUUAAAAAUUGCGUUAUUAAACUAUUUGAUGUCAAUUGAAUAAUUUAGACUAAAUUAUUUCUGGAACUGAAAGAUUUCAGUGAAUAAGUAUACCUAUUUGUAUUUUUUAGAAAUAUGCCUC